UCCCUCAUCCCUCCUCCUCGAGCCGCCCGCCAUGCGCACCCGCAACAUCGUGGCCCUGGCCGCCAUCGCCCUCUUCUGGAUCGUCUUCCUCUUUAGGCGGCACAUCCACGAGCUGGGCGAGAUUGCCCUGACAUAUAGCACCUUUUACCCGCUGCUGCACAGGCAUCCCGACAUUCUGUAUCGCCACCCGGAGAACGUCACAGAGCUGUCGUCCGAGGCAUCGUCGACCCUGCCGCCCGUCGUCGUGCCCAAGAUUAUUCACCAGAUCGCCCUGGGCAACGCCAGCGUCGCCAAGUAUCAGGCCGCCAUCUCGAGCUGCACCGACCUGCACCCCGAGUGGGAGCACCGCCUGUGGACCGACGUCAACGCCACGGCCUUCAUCGCCGAGUUCUACCCCGACAUCCUGCCUCACUACACCGGCUACGCCCAGAACAUCCAGCGUGCCAACAUCCUCCGCUACGCGCUGCUGCACCACUCGGGCGGCAUCUACGUCGACCUCGAUGUCACCUGUCGCGUCGCCCUCGACUCGACACCCAUCGUGCGGCUGCCCUACGUCUCGCCCGGCGCCCACCCGGCCGGCGUCAACAAUGCCUUCAUCGCGACCGAGCCCGGCCACCCUUUCCUGACGCAGCUGCUGGAGAACGUGCCCAGCCACGACCUGCACUGGGCGCUGCCGAUGCGCAUCCCCUACGUCGAGAACAUGCUGAGCACGGGCUGCAUGUUCUACUCGAACCAGUGGAUGGCGUACGUCCGCGAUGUUCUCGCGGGCCGCCAGACCAGCAAGGUGUACAUCCUGUCCGACGAGCACGGCGAUAUGGCGCCGCACAUGCUCCGCGGCAAGGUGACGACGCCCAUCUUUGUGCACGGCGGCGCCAGCAGCUGGCACGGCUGGGACGCGGCGCUGUUCCUGACGAUUGGCGAGCACUACACGUUCUACCUGGGCGUGCUGUUUGUCGCCCUGACGCUCAUCUUCUUUGCGGCCUACUUC